AGUUUCUGGGGUCGAAGUGGAAUUGCAGUUCUCACUGUCAGCCAGCAGGUGGCGGCGUUUUUACAACCAUGACGUCACUGUCAGUUUACACACCUUUCGUCAAACUUCAUUUAGUCCAGUCCUACCUGCUCCGAGUUGUUUUGGCCAAACCGGUGGCGACGAUGAAGCUGAAUUCCUUUUGCUAAACAAAAGAAGAAGAAAAGGUCAUCUGUGAUUGGCCAUAAGCAGAAAGGAAGUGGCGCAUCAGGGUAGGACAAACGUUUGGCGGGAGUGGGAGAGGGCAGGAAAAAUCUGCUGGAACAGCAAAGAAGUCAUAGUUUUAGAUAUUUUGCAUGUAAAAGAAUAAUAAAUAUAUCAUUUGAUAAGACGGAUCUGCAAGGUUGUUGUGGGUGUGAGGGUUUGGUGUUCUGCUAUGAAUCAGCUUGAAGACCGAGAUGAGGCCAUUUCUCCUCAGAACAUUUUUCUAUGUGGGGAAGAGAGCCAAAGAAAAACUCAAAGCCCAAAGAUCCAGAAGCACAUUCAAAUUACUGCUGAGCCUGAAACCAAACCAGGAGAAGUUCCAGUUCCUGCAUCGGACCCAAGCUGUGUGUCCAUGAAAAGUGACUGGUCCAUGCAAUCUCCUCCUUUUUUCAGUCCAUCUGUUGAUGGAAGAACCAAAGACAAAGAACAUUGUUUAGCUCUCAGCUGUCUGUCCUCCAGGACUGACAAGUCAAAGAAGGACAUCAUUAAUUUUAAAGGACUUCAUCAAUCUGCUGAUAAGAGAGGUCAUCGGAGAACCGGUUCACGUCGUUUGAAACCAAGCUGCAGCUGCAGUGCUGGUUGCUCUCAUCUGAAGGGAUGUGAACAAUUGGCGAAGAAGAGGAAACUGGACUGUUCAGACUGCACCGAACCUGAUCCUGAAGCAGGCCCUGGAUUCAGAAAAAGUUAUUUAUGGUCUAGAGAUGGACUCCACAAUCACAGAUUUAAAGAUGAUGGCGUGAAGGAAACCGAGCAUCAGUCAGCCCAGCAGGACCUCAGCUCUAUAUUUAUGGUUUUGGAGGAGAGCAUUGUUGAUUUUGUGCGGAAAGAGCUGGGGCACAUAGCUAGGGCUGUGGGUCCAGGUUACCCUGGAGAAGGUCCAAGGGAUGUGGAGGAUGUGUUGGAAGGCGAGGAUGACGAACAGAGGAGCAGCAGCAGAGAAGCAUUUCUGAAAAUCACCAUGUGCUUCCUGAGGAUGAUGAAGCAGGAAACGCUUGCUGACCUUCUACGGAGCAGGACUUCCGCCAAUGUUGGUCAAUGUAAACUUAAAUCUAACCUGAAGAAGAAGUUCCAGUGUGUGUUUGAAGGGAUUGCUAAAGAAGGAACCCAAACCUUUCUGAAUCAGAUCUUCACAGAGCUCCACGUCACUGAGGGUGGAAGUGCUUCAGUUAAUGAUCAACACGAGGUCAGACAGAUCGAAACGGGGAGCAGGAAACCACACAAGGGAGAAACUAAAACCAGGCUAGAGCAAAUCUUUGAAAGGUCUACUAAAAAGCUUCGACCAGUCAGAACAGUGAUGACGAAGGGAGUGGCUGGCAUUGGCAAGACGGUCUUAACACAGAAGUUCACUCUGGACUGGGCUGAAGACAAAACCAACCAGAACAUCCACUUAGUGUUUCCAUUCACCUUCAGAGAGCUGAAUGUGCUGAAAGAGAAGAAGCUCUGUUUGGUGGAACUUGUUCAUCUCUUCUUUACUGAAACCAAAGAAAUCUGCAAGUUUGACGAGUUCCAGCUUGUUUUCAUCCUCGAUGGUCUGGAUGAGUGUCGGCUUCCUUUAGACUUUCGCAACAAUGAGAUCCUGACCGAUGUUAGACAGUCUGCCUCAGUGGAUGUGCUGCUGACGAACCUCAUCAGAGGGUACCUUCUUCCCUCUGCUCGCCUCUGGAUAACCACGCGACCUGCUGCAGCCAAUCAGAUCCCACCUGAGUGUGUUGACCUGGUUACUGAGGUCAGAGGGUUUUCUGACCCACAGAAGGAGCAGUACUUCAGAAAGAGAAUCAGGAACAAGGAGCAGGCCAGCAGGAUCAUCUCUCACAUCAAAACAUCAAGAGCCCUCCACAUCAUGUGCCACAUCCCAGUCUUCUGCCUGAUCACUGCUACAGUUCUGGAGGAUGUGUUUAAAACCAGUGAAGAAGAAAAGCUGCCAAAAACUCUGACUGAGAUGUACAUCCACUUCCUGGUGCUUCAGACCAAAGUAAAGAGUCUCUACUAUGAUGGAGGAACGAAGACUGAUAAUCACUGGAGUCCAGAGAAUAGAAAGAUGAUUAAGUGUUUGGGAAAACUGGCCUUUGAGCAGCUGCAGAAAGGGAAUUUGAUCUUUAAUGAAUCAGAUGUUGGACAAUGUGGCAUUGACAUUAGAACAACCUCAGUUUCUUCAGGAGUGUUCACUCAGAUCUUUGAGGAGGAGCGAGGAGGGCUGUACCAAGAGAAGGUGUUCUGUUUUGUACAUUUGAGUGUUCAGGAGUUUCUAGCUGCUCUUCAUGUCCAUCAGGCAUUUUUCUACUCUGAUGUCAACCUUCUGGAGGAAGAGAACCCUUCAUCUGACUUUGAAGAUUUUUACCAGAGUGCUGUGAAUCUGGCCCUAAAAAGUCCUAAUGGGCAUCUUGACUUGUUCCUCCGCUUCCUUCUGGGUCUUUCACUGCAGAGCAAUCAGACUCUCCUGCAAGGCCUCCUGAGUGUUGGCCCACAGAUAGAUGCUAGCCCAGUUACCGUCGAUAAAGCAAGCCGAUACAUCAAAAAAAUGUUAGACGAAGGUCUUGCUGUAGAGAAGAGCAUCAGUUUGCUUUACUGUCUGAAUGAACUGAAUGAUCGUUCUUUAGUAGAAAAGAUUCAGGAGUCUUUGAACUCGGGGCACCUUUCCACAGGUGAACUGUCACCUGCUGGCUGGUCAGCCCUGGCUUUCCUUUUACUGUCCUCGGAAAAAGUCCUGGAUGUGUUCGACCUGAAAAAAUACUCAGCUUCAGACGAGGCCUUCAUGAGGCUGCUGCCUGUGGUGAAAGCAGCAAACAAAGCUCUACUGAGUGGUUGUAACCUGUCAGAAGGAAGCUUUGAAUCUUUGUCCUCAGUGCUCAGCUCCCGGUCCUCUGUCCUGACAGAAGUUGACCUCAGUAACAACAAUCUGAAGGAUUCAGGAAUGAAGCUGCUGUCAGCUGGGCUCACCAGUCCAUACUGUAAACUGGAAAUCCUCAGCUCGCGGCCCUCUUUUCUGAAAGAAAUGGACCUGAGCAACAAUGACCUGCAGGAUUCAGGGCUGAAACUUCUCUCUCCUGGACUGGAGAGUCCACACUGCAAGCUCGAAAUCCUCAGGCUGUCGGGGUGUUUGGUCACAGAGGAAGGAUGCAGGUCUCUGUUCUCAGCUUUGAGCUCCAACCCCUCCCAUCUGACGGAGCUGGACCUAAGCUACAACCACCCAGGAAACUCAGGAGUGAAGCUGUUCUCUGAAAAGCUGCAAGAUCCAAACUGGAGACUGGAUGUUUUAAGGAUGGAGCCUUUUGGAGAACAAUGGUUGAGACCCGGCCUGAGAAAAUAUUACAUUAACGUCACAGUUGACCCAAACACAGUUAACAGACAGAUUAAACUGUCUGACAACAACAGGAAGGCCAUACAUGUGAGAGAGGACCAGUCAUACCCUGACCACCCAGAGAGAUUUCAGGACUGCCCUCAGCUGCUGUGCAGAGAGGAUCUGAGUGGUCGUUGUUACUGGGAGGUGGAAUGGAGUGGAUGGGUAGAUGUUUCGGUGAGUUGCAGAGAAAUCAGCAGGAGAGUGGAAAGGGCGGACUGCAGGUUUGGUGGGAAUGAGCAGUCCUGGAGUCUGAGCUGUUCAGACGGGGGUGGUUACUAUGUUUACCACCAGAAAAACAGACUAUUUAUCUCGCCCUCCUCUGCUGCCGCGAAGAAGAUAGCAGUGUAUGUGGACCAUCCUGCUGGAAGUGUGUCGUUCUACAGAAUCUGUAAUGAUGCUCUGAUUCACCUCCACACCUUCAACACCACAUUUACUGAACCUCUGUAUCCUGGCUUUGGCUUUAGAUUUAGGCUCAGGUCCAUGACUGAUUCCUUUGCGUCUUUGUGCUCUCUGUAAUAGUUUUCUGAUGAACCACAUGUUCCCAUGACUAGGCAGAUGGUUCAGUCUACAGGAUUAAAUCCAUUACCAAAUGGAUCAUCUGCAGAAUUAAAUUGUAUACUCGGUGUUGAGAAAUUAAAAUCAGUGGAGUAUUUUUUUUAUCAACAAAAUAGCAUAAAAAAAUCAUAAUUGUAGAUUUUAUAGUGGAGAAACAGGACUGCACAAUAUGAGGAAUAAUUGUAAUUCCCCCAGACUGUACCCCAGGGUUUCACCUUAUCUAAAACUUCAUCAAUGGAUUUAUAUUUCCUCAAAGGGAAAGAUAAACAUUUUAUAAUUGGAUGUUUUUCGUGUUGAGACAGAGUUGCAUUUUACAGUGCAGUUAGAUUGCUAAAUGAAAUUGGGUCAAUUUUGUAGCUAAUUAAUACUAUCUCAAAUUUAUGCUGCAGAUAUUGAGUAAAAUAUUAAUAGUUUAUUUAUGUAACAACAGUCAUUUGUUUUUUAAAGAGGAAAAAAGGGGUCCACACAUUUAUGCCAAUAAGUCAAUGCUAGCACCAAGCUGCGCUAAGAGGGUUCUUUCCUUCCAGGCUGGGAGUGUUGUAGUUUUCAGACACCUUUCCUCUACUUUUAAGUUUUGUCUUACUGUUUUGCUGUACAUCUCUCUAAAUAUUUCUACUGUUCUGCUGUGUUUUUCUGCAAAAAUGAUUAGACUAACCUUUUUAUAACAGUACUUUUUGGUUAAUAAAAAGUAAACAGGAUUAAGAACACAA